AUGCCACCGCGUCGCGAAUUAACUCGAGAGGAAAAGGAUGAGAAGAAUAGGAAGGCUAGGGAAAAAAGAAGUCUCGAAGACCCGGAGGCAAAACAAGUUAGAUUGGCGGCUCAGAGGGAAAAGGCCAAGUUCGUCCGUGAAGAGAAGCGUCGUCGGCUCAAUCCCGAAGAUGAUCAGGCUGCAAAGAAUUUGAAGGCGCAAAAGGCGAGAGAAGACCGUCAGGCAGAGGCACCUGACGAAAGAGCGUUGAGGCAGAGGUUAGAUGCGGACCGGAAAAGAGUCGCCCGUGCUAGCGAGACGGGAGUUGAGCAUCAAGCUAGGCUGCUCGAUCAAAGAAUCCGGCAGCAACUCCUUAGGCAGGAGCAGAAUGAAGAAGAUGAUCGUGCUCGACUGUUGGCCGAGGAGGAGCGGGUAGCAGUUCUUCGGCACGGAGAACAAAAUCUGCACGAAGAAGAAAAUCGUAUUCGAUUGGAUGCUGAGGCAGAGCGGCAGGCUGGUCUUUUUCAAUCAGAAGAAAAUCGUUUGCGAUUGGAAGCCGAGGCAGAGAGGCAGGCUGGUCUUCUUCAAACAGAAGAAAAUCGUGUUCGAUUGCAGGCCGAGGCGGAUCGGCAAGCUGCCCUUCGUCAACAAGAAACGGCAUCUAUCUUGCGAGCGAUGAAUCAGAGAACAACGUCUGAUCGUUCAACGGUUGUUCUUGCCAAUGAUGCUGUGGCAGAGCGUCCAGCAAGACAACAACACCAGGCAGGAAAGACAGCUGUCGGCAACCGAGAAACUCCUGAAGAGCAACGAGCUCGAUUGCAAUCCCAGGCAUUACGGAUGAGAAUUCUGCGGCAAGAUGAAUCUGAAGAAGAGAGAUCAGCUAGGCUUCGAGAUCAGGCCUUGAGGCAAAAAGCUCUGCACCACGAAGAAUCAGAAGCAGAAAAGUUGGCUCGACUACGGGAACAGUCAUUACGGCAAAAAGCUCUGCGGAACGGGGAAUCGGAAGCAGAGAAAUCAGCUAGGCUACGCGAACAGGCUCUGCGGCAAAGUUCCUUGCGUAGCGAAGAAUCGGAAGCAGAAAAAGCAGCUAGGCUGCGUGAAAAGGCUCUGCGGCAAAGUUCUCUGCGCAACAAGGAAUCGGAAGCCGAAAAAUCAGCCAGGCUUGGCGCACAGUCUCUGCGGCAAAGUUCUCUGCGCAACGAGGAAUUGGAAGCCGAAAAAGUAGCUAGGCUGCGCGAACAGUCUCUGCGGCAAAGAUGUCUUCGGAAUCAAGAAAUUGAAGCAGAAAAUGUGGCACGACUUCGUGAUCAAUUAGUCCGUCAGGAAGGUUUACGCGACAACGAAACUGAAGAAAGCAAUCUUUCUCGACUUCAGGAUCAGUCAUCACGCCAGGAAGUCGUACGAGAAAAGGAAACCACAACGGAACGAAUAGAGCGCGCCAUCUCUGAUAGAUUUCGUCAGCAAGUCAAUGUGUUCGACGAAAUUGAGCAGGAAGGUCGCGUUGAACACUCUGAUUUCAUGGCUGAUUACAGAGCGACCGAGAACGAAGAAGAAACUGCUAUGAGGCGUGAAGAGGAUCGGCUUCGAACAGAGUUACGUCGAGAACUUGAAGAACAACGAGAGCGAGAAAACGAAGAAUUGCGAGCCAGGGAUGCACUUGAUCAUGGCGAAAUUAAUCCAAUUGAAAAUGAAGAAGACGAAGCUCUUCGUUUGCAGUUGAUGACUGAACGCGACCGGCGUGGAAAUCCAAGAACUCAUCGGCAGGCUUGCAAAGAAAUCGUGGCAGAGGACCGCGUUCACUUGCAUGAUUGCGGAGAUUUGACCAAGAUUUGCUCGGAAUGUGAUGCCAAACAUUUCGCGAAAGAAAUGCCGAAAGACAAGAAGUUCCAGCAAUGCUGCGCAAAGGGCAAUGUCAUUCUUCCACCUGCUAAGCCGUGUCCAGAACCAUUGGCCAGCCUCUUGCAAAACCGGCAUCCCAAAUCGAAACAUUUCAUGAAGCAGAUUCGAAAUUACAACAGCGCCCAUGCUUUCGCCUCUAUGGGAGCUAAUUUUUCAACGCCGCCGGGUCGCGGCCCGACCUGUGUACGCAUCCAUGGUCAGAUUUACCACCAAACUACUCCUCUCGGUCAGACGGCAAAUCCCAGAUACUCUGAUUUGUAUUUUUUGGAUUCUGCGCAGGCUACUGAUUUCAGGGCGAAUAUCGAAAUGAUGUCAGGUUGUUGUAGAACUUUGAUGGAAGAGCUGGACGCUAUGCUUCGAGAAAUGAAUCCUUACGCCUUGACCUACAAGAUGAUGCGUCAGGUUCUUGAAGAAGAAUAUGUUCAACGUGAAGCUGAAAAUCUUCCUCACUACACUGUCGGCAUGAUCAUCACUUGCGAUAGGAGAAAUGUCGACCAACGAAGAUACAACUGUCCAACGGUCAACGAAAUUGCUGUGGUUUUCAAAAGCACUGACGGUGAACCACCAGCCUACAGAGAUAUUCGUGGCCAUCUCUACAUUCCCGUCAGAGGCCGACGAUUCAUCCAGAUUGACACAAAAAAGGUUAUGUGUGAUCCGAUGUGUUACCCACUUUUAUUUCCGAACGGUGACGACGGUUGGCAAAUCAACAUGCCUUAUACCACCACCAGACGGAGAGAGAGAGAUGAAGCGGCAGCAAUGGCCAUGAUUGUUGAAGAAGAUGAAGAGGAGCAGAUUGAUCCCUUGUGGCUCAACCCCAGAGUUUUAAUUCGUGAGGAAAUGGCCGCAGCAGAUGGCAAUGCUGUGAUUGAAAAUGAGACAGGUGAAGAACAAGAACCAGAAGCGGACGAGGAGAACGACGAUCGACCACCGAACAGAAACAGAGGCCCACGCUCAAGAGUGACGCAAGCCGAAUUUUACAGUUCGCGCAUAUCAGUUCGUGGUGAUUUCAACAACGUUUUGGCUGGGGGUCCCGUCACUCAGAUGUAUUUUGUCGAUUCUUACGUCAAGACCGAGGGGAGUCGCCUAGAUUGGCUCAGACGAAACCAGAAAGAGCUGCAUGUUGAGCGCUACUGCGGCCUGAUGGAUUACAUCAACAAUCGAGCAGAGAGAGCAAAUUUGGCAGUUGGCUCGAUCUACAUUCUCCCUUCGUCUUUUAUUGGCAGUCCUCGAGCCAUGAAACAAAAUUACCAAGACGCUAUGGCAAUUUGUGGAAAAUUUGGCAAACCGACUUUUUUUGUGACGUUUACCUGCAAUCCCAAGUGGAGGGAAAUUGUUGCUAAUAUCCCAAACUACUUGACGGCUUCCGAUCGUCCCGAUAUGGUCGCAAGAGUAUUCCACUUGAAGAAGAAAGAGUUGGUCGACGACAUCGAGAAAAAGCAAAUAUUGGGUUUCGCCGCGGCCAGAAUCGAAGUCAUCGAAUUUCAGAAACGUGGACUGCCUCAUUGCCACAUGCUGGUGUGGGUCGACAGCCGUGACGCUCCUUCGACACCAGAGGAUAUGGAUAAGACCAUCUGCGCUGAAAUUCCCGACAAGACACUCUAUCCAAGACUUUACGACUCUGUUAUGGCUCACAUGAUUCACGGUCCGUGUGGAGCCAUCAACAAAAAUUCUCCCUGCAUGGAUGAAGAGGGCUGCAGUAAAAAGUUCCCCAAAGACUUCAACGAAGAGACUAUGAUCAAUGACAACGGCUAUCCGACGUAUAAAAGAAGAAACACUGGUGUUGUACAUCGUUUGAAAAGGGGGCACACUCACUAUGAAGUGGACAACCGAUGGGUUGUUCCUUAUAACCCUUGGUUGCUACUGAAAUAUGAUUGUCACAUCAACAUCGAGUAUUGCGCCAAUAUGACCACUGUCAAGUACAUCUUCAAGUAUGUGUACAAAGGUCACGACUGCAGCAACAUUGAAACGAAAACUGGAACGCAUCAGCAGGCUGGAGAAGAAAACGAGCAGGUUUUUGUUUGGGACGAAAUCUCCACCUUUACGGACACCCGUUACGUCAGCGCGCCAGAAGCCGCCCAUAGAAUCUUCAAGUUUCCUCUCAGCGAUCGUUCUCAUACCAUCACCCGACUAGCCGUGCAUCUGCCUCUUGAACAGUCCGUCUUUUUCCAACCGGGCAACGAGGAACAGGCAGUCAUCAAUGCCGCGACCAAAGAAACGACGUUAACUGCUUGGUUCAUCUUGAAUCGGGAUAAUGAAGAAGCGAGACAGUAUUUUUACCGAGAAAUUGUCCAUCAUUUCUGUUUCGUUAGGUCGGGUGAACGUUAUUAUUGGAAACCACGAAGAAGAAAUAUUAAAAUCAUAGGCCGCUUAUAUACCGUGGGCGUCCGUCAAGUUGAGCGAUACUGCCUUCGCUUGCUUCUCAUCAACGUCAGAGGAUCAACCAGCUUUGAAGAUCUCCGCACGGUCAACGGUGUCCUUCUACCGACGUUUAAAUCAGCCGCUUCUGCUUUGAAUUUGCUGGAGGACGACAGCGUUUGGGAGAAGACCUUGGACGAUGCCGCCGCCUUUGAAAUGCCGGAGCGAUUGAGACAGCUCUUUGUCGAUGUCUGCCUCUUUUGCAAUCCUACCGACGCUCUUCAUCUCUUUGAUCGGUCUCUGCCCCACCUUAUGGAAGAUUUCAUUCGAACUGGUCACGAUGCGGAAGUCGCCAAAAACUUGACUUUGAAAUGGAUUCAAGACAAGUUGAUUCUCCACAAUAGAACAAUGGAAGAACUCUCUUUGCCUGUUCCUGACUUUCAGCUUAUUCGCCAAAUUAUUGAAGCUCAACUCGAAGAGAAUACUGCAAUUACCCGGAUAGAAAAGAGACGAUUGGGUGAACUGAUGGUUACUCAAUUGAACGAAGGUCAACGAGCCGCCUAUGAUCAAGUCAUGGCUGCCAUCAACGACAACAACAACUCAGUUCCCCAUCAGUAUUUUUUGGAUGGUCCUGGAGGUACUGGCAAGACCUUUUUGUACAACACUCUGAUCACCGUACUGCAAGGCCAAGGGAAGACAGUCAUCGCCGUCGCUUCUACCGGCAUCGCUUCUACGUUGUUGAUUGACGGCUCAACAUACCAUUCCCAAUUUAAGAUCUACCCUCCAAUUACCGAAGUUACCAGAUCGAAAAUUGUAGAUGGAAGCACUCUCGCUAAUUUGAUUUUAAGUGCCGUUCUCAUCAUUUCCGACGAAGCCACAAUGAAGACAAAUCACGCUCUCGACGCUUUUAAUUUCCUCUUUCAAAAAUUGGAAAAGAAAAAUAUACCUCAUGGUGGAAAAGUCCUUCUUCUUGGUGGUGACUUUCGUCAAUGUUUACCAGUCGUCCGACAUGGAAACAGGGUGAAGGUGGUGGAAGCUACAAUCCGAAAUAACGCAACGUGGCCUCUGUUUCGUCAUCUUCGUCUAACCCAGAAUAUGCGUACCGUGGCCGGCAAUCAAGACUACGCUGACUGGCUUAUUCAGCUUGGAAACGGUACUCUGCCAACGAAUCCAAGACUUAACAAUCCCGAUCUCAUCGAAAUUCCUGCCGAAUUUCUGGACUUUGGACGGAAUUUGAUUGAGUACGUCUUUGGUGUUCCUUCUCUUCUUUUGGAUCCAGAGGUAUCUCAGCAGAUUUGCAGUCGAGCCAUUCUCUGUCCGAAGAACGAAGACUGCCUACGGAUCAACAAUCAGAUCAUCAAAGACAUGCCUGGAAUAGUUCAUCAGUACAAAAGCAUCGACACGAUUGAUUCGGACGAUCCUGAAGAAAUUGCCAAUUAUCCAACCGAGAUUCUCAACACCUUUAAUGUGUCCGGAAUUCCCACUCAUGUUCUCAAGUUGAAAGUGGGAGCCAUCAUCAUUCUGCUCAAGAACAUUGAUUCGCGUAAGGGUCUCUGCAAUGGCACCCGUCUCAUCAUCAGGGCCCUCAGAGAAAAUCUGAUCGUUGCAGACAUCGCUUCCGGCAAGAACAAGGGUCACACGGUUUACAUCCCGCGAAUGACGCUGUCGCCCACCGAUUCCGAUCUUCCUGUCACACUCAAGAGGCUCCAGUUUCCUGUGCUGUUGGCAUUUGCCAUAACCAUCACCAAGUCACAGGGCCAGACUUUUGAUCGUGUCGGCAUUUUCCUCCCGGAGCCUAUCUUUUCUCACGGUCAGCUGUAUGUGGCUUUUUCACGUGCAACAUCGAAAGAAGGAGUGAAAGUCGAAAUAGCUGAAUCUGCAAAGCAAGGACGGCUUUUCAGAAAUCACCUGACAGCCACUGAAGAGGAAAAAGAAAAAGUAUUCACCGUCAAUAUUGUUUACAAAGAAGUCCUUUUGUAA